GCGUGGCGCGAGGCUGACCGCCAGGCAGAGGAACCGAGAUGGGCUCCUCUGCCCCCGACAAGGCCUGCAAGAGGAUGUGGCCCCCGUAAAACUCCUGUUGAGGGACAGCGCCCCGAAGAGCUAGACGUCCGGAGACAGACUGGAAGAGACGCAGCUCCACAGGCACGGAGACCUGCCACACCCGCAAACCCGCGGGAGCAGAAGACGACCCACAGACUUUAGAAAGUGAAGGAGAAGCUGGCAGUGGCCGAGCAAGAUAGUGAGGCGGUGACAGGAAGGGCCCAGAGGCCAGACAGAUCUGACCGCGGCCGGGACCCCGGAGGGGGCCUUACAGAGCCCGCGGCCCCGCGUGGGGGCCCGAGGGCAGCAGCACAGAAGGAGCCUUAGAGAAGACGACAGAGGGGACAGCCUCCCAAGGGCAGUCAGCCAGGCCGCAGGGGACGGUGGGGGCAGCGGGGAAGGUGGCGGAGACAGAGGAGACAGCGAACCAGACAGGGCUGAAAGUUGUAGAGGACAUGGAGACGGAGGCAGAGCGACCAGAGGCUGAGGGGACCUGAGGCGAGGUCCCCCGGGGGGAGGGGGUCUGGCCAGACACCGGGGGGCCUGAGAAGGAAGAGAGUGAGACCAAGAGGACAGUAAGAGAGACAGCAGUGUCAGGGAGAGCGACAGAAGGGACAAAGACCCAGGGGACAGUGAUGGGGAGGAAGGAGAUAAGGCGGAAGGUGGCAGAUAUGGAAGAGGUGACAGUCAGAGACAGGGAGGACAGGCGACAAAGAUAGAGAGGACAAUGACGGGGGGAGAGAAAAGACAGAGAUAACAGAAGUAAUAUAGGGAAAAGUGACAAAAAUAGAGAAGGUGCCAGAGACCAGGUUGGAGGCAACACUGACGGAGGCAAAGACAACUGCAGGCAGAGGGGGCAGAGAUCAAGAUCAGUGUUAGAGAUACAGAAAGCAACAUUAGGUAAGGAGCGCGCCAGUACACAGAGGGGACAGAGAAAGUGGAAAGUGGCAGGGUGACAGAGGGAACAGAAGUGGAGGGGACAGAAGCAGAACUAGAAGGUUCAAAGGCGGAGAGGGGCCCAGGGCAUAAACAGAGGCAACGGAAGCAGACGGGGGGUGGGGGGGGGACAGGGUCGAGGAGUCAGAGGCAGAAAAGACGGAUCCAGAGGGAACAGCAGCAAUGCACAGACUCAGAGCGGAGAGCCAUAGUGGUGACAGUACCAGAGUGUGAGUGACAAAGCACACUCAGUGACGCUGUGACAGGUGAAGAAACACAGAGGCAGAAAGGAUGGUGACAGAAGGGACAGUGAUAAAGAUGGUGGAGACAGAAACAGUGUAGAAACAUAAGAGGGACAGAGGCAAGAAAGGGGAGUGGGACAGAGACAGGGAUUGGUGACCAAGACAGAGGGUGGCCUAGCAGACAUCCUGGAGGUGCAGCCAGGGAGUAGGGGUGCAGGCAGAGUCAGAAAAAAAUGGAAUUGCAUUUUCUAGAGGAGGAUAGAGACAGGAGAACAUGACCAAGGCACAACAGAGAAAGACAGAGACCAAGUCGUGGAGAUGAACAGAGACAAGAGCAAAGAGAAAGAACAUGAGGGGUCAGUCACCUGAGACUCAGUGAGAGGUCGGGAUGACAGGCAAAAGCAAAGAUCAAGGAGAAGUGAGCAAAAUACCAGAGAGAGGAAAAGGGACACACCAACAGGUGGAUACCAACUGAGACUCACUACCCAGCCUCAUACCUCAUCCUGGGAAGUACUGAAAACCAUGGAGCCUUGAGCUUUCUUCUUUAUGCCACUUUGCCCCCCGGCGCCCUCGCGGAGCAUGAACAUUGAGGAUGGCGUGCGCCCGCAGCUCCCCGUGCCCCCCACUGCCGCCCGGUAGGAUGUCCUGGCCCCAUGGGGCCCUGCUCUUCCUCUGGCUCUUCUCCCCACCCCUGGGGACCGGCGGGGGCGGCGUGGCCAUGACAGUGGCGGCCGGAGGGGGCUCCCCGCCGGCCACCUCCUGCCCCGCGGCCUGCUCCUGCAGCAACCAGGCCAGCCGGGUGAUCUGCACGCGGAGAGAGUUGGCUGAGGUCCCGGCCAGCAUCCCUGUCAACACGCGGUACCUGAACCUGCAGGAGAACGGCAUCCAGGUGAUCCGGACGGACACGUUCAAGCACCUGCGGCACCUGGAGAUCCUGCAGCUGAGCAAGAACCUGGUGCGCAAAAUCGAGGUGGGUGCCUUCAAUGGGCUGCCCAGCCUCAACACGCUGGAGCUGUUCGACAACCGGCUCACGACGGUGCCCACGCAGGCCUUCGAGUACCUGUCCAAGCUGCGGGAGCUCUGGCUGCGCAACAACCCCAUCGAAAGCAUCCCUUCCUACGCCUUCAACCGCGUGCCCUCCCUGCGGCGCCUGGACCUGGGCGAGCUCAAGCGGCUGGAGUACAUCUCGGAGGCGGCCUUCGAGGGCCUGGUCAACCUGCGCUACCUCAAUCUGGGCAUGUGCAACCUCAAGGACAUCCCCAACCUGACGGCCCUGGUGCGCCUGGAGGAGUUGGAGCUGUCAGGCAACCGGCUGGACCUGAUCCGCCCGGGCUCCUUCCAGGGCCUCACCAGCCUGCGCAAGCUGUGGCUCAUGCACGCCCAGGUGGCCACCAUCGAGCGCAACGCCUUCGACGACCUCAAGUCGCUGGAGGAGCUCAACCUGUCCCACAACAACCUGAUGUCGCUGCCCCACGACCUCUUCACGCCCCUGCACCGCCUGGAGCGCGUCCACCUCAACCAUAACCCCUGGCACUGCAACUGCGACGUGCUCUGGCUGAGCUGGUGGCUCAAGGAGACGGUGCCCAGCAACACGACGUGCUGCGCCCGCUGCCACGCGCCCGCCGGCCUCAAGGGCCGCUACAUCGGCGAGCUGGACCAGUCGCACUUCACCUGCUACGCGCCGGUCAUCGUGGAGCCGCCCACGGACCUGAACGUCACCGAGGGCAUGGCCGCCGAGCUCAAGUGUCGCACGGGCACCUCCAUGACCUCCGUCAACUGGCUGACGCCCAACGGCACCCUCAUGACCCACGGCUCCUACCGCGUGCGCAUCUCCGUCCUGCACGACGGCACGCUCAACUUCACCAACGUCACGGUGCAGGACACGGGCCAGUACACGUGCAUGGUGACGAACUCGGCCGGGAACACCACCGCCUCGGCCACGCUCAACGUCUCGGCCGUGGACCCCGUGGCGGCCGGCGGUGCCGGCGGCGGGGGCGGCGGGGGCGCCCCGGGAGGCGGCGGCGGCGGGGGCGGCGGGGGCGCCGGCGGCUACACCUACUUCACCACCGUGACCGUGGAGACCCUGGAGACGCAGCCCGGAGAGGAGACCCUGCAGCCGCGGGGGACGGAGAAGGAGCCGCCGGGGCCCACGACGGACGGGGUCUGGGGCGGGGGCCGGCCGGGGGACGCCGCCGGCCCGGCCUCGUCGUCCACCACGGCGCCCGCCCCGCGCUCCUCGCGGCCCACGGAGAAGGCGUUCACGGUGCCCAUCACGGACGUGACGGAGAACGCCCUCAAGGACCUGGACGACGUCAUGAAGACCACCAAGAUCAUCAUCGGCUGCUUCGUGGCCAUCACGUUCAUGGCCGCCGUGAUGCUCGUGGCCUUCUACAAGCUGCGCAAGCAGCACCAGCUCCACAAGCACCACGGGCCCACGCGCACCGUGGAGAUCAUCAACGUGGAGGACGAGCUGCCUGCCGCCUCGGCCGUGUCCGUGGCCGCCGCCGCCGCCGUGGCCGGUGCGGGGGGCGUCGGCGGGGACAGCCACCUGGCCCUGCCCGCCCUGGAGCGCGACCACCUCAACCACCACCACUACGUGGCGGCCGCCUUCAAGGCGCACUACAGCGGGAACCCCAGCGGCGGGGGCUGCGGGGGCAAGGGCCCCCCGGGGCUCAACUCCAUCCACGAACCUCUGCUCUUCAAGAGCGGCUCCAAGGAGAAUGUGCAAGAGACGCAGAUCUGAAGCCGCCGGGCGGGCCCCCCCCCCCCCCCCGGGGCUCGGGCCACACCGGGACCCUCCCCACGGCCCCGGCCCCCCGCAGGGAAGGUCGGGGAAGGAGGGGCCGCAGCCCCGCCCGCGUGCGCACCCCAGGGCGGCUCACCCCCCGCGAGGACAGGGCGGGGGCUCCGGGAACGGAGCCCCCGCGGUUCUGGCCGCACCCCCCCCCCAUCCCAGGCGAAGGGAGGGGCUGCAGGAUUCCGGAGAAGUGGCUGGAACCCUCCGCUUUUCCUCCUCGCGCUCGCAACCGACCCUUCCCGGCCCUCCGCCUUCCAGGAAGAGAGAGGAGCUUUUGGGGGGGUGUCCUUUCCCCUCAUCCCCAACGACCCUCCUUUUACGGUUCAUUUUUUGCAGUUUGACGCCCGUCCCCCCUCCCGCCCCUCUGCCCUCGAAACUGAAGAGACAGACGCGCGGUCAGAGCCCCCAGACACCCUCCCCCGCCCCUCCGCCCUUCGCCCCCAGCCCUCACCUGCCCCACAGACUCUUUUGAUACUGAAGGGAGGUUUGCGUCAACGACUACCUGCUCUGUAAUUACUUUAAAAAAAAAACACGGAAAAAGUAAAAAAAAAAAUA